AUGGGUCUUUGUAAAUGUAAACGAAAGAAGGUCACCAAUCUAUUCUGCUUCGAGCAUCGUGUCAACGUUUGUGAGUUUUGUCUGGUGACGAACCAUCCUAAGUGUGUAGUUAAGUCCUAUCUUCAUUGGCUUAAAGAUAGCGACUAUUCACCACAGUGUUCUCUCUGCUUACAAGACUUGGACAAUGGUGAAGAUUGCGUUCGUUUACUAUGUUUAGAUAUUUUCCAUUGGCGGUGCUUGGACAACUAUGCUUCGCAGCUCCCAGCGGCAACAGCACCUGCGGGAUACGUGUGUCCAUCUUGUUCUAUGUGUAUAAUACCUCUCAUGAAUCAGGGCGGCCCCGUUGCCGAACUUUUGCGCCAAAAACUUCUGUCUGCCAAAUGGGCAAAACCGAAUCGCCAGAGUAGGUCUUCCAUCUCAAAACCAAAGGCUGUGAUCCAGUCCAGAGUCGAAAAAACCUUUGCUGUUUUUGAUGAAUCGAAGCUUCUUGACACAUCGGUGGACACCUACGCAAGCCAAUUUCUUCGUGACCAGGAAAUGGUCGCCCCUCCUACGAUGUCACCCAAGCCCAUUGAGACAGUGGUGCCCAUUGAAUAUCCUGCAGCUGGUGCAUCGACAACAUCUCGCCUCGAGUUCAAGGAAAGCUGUCCUGACAACCCAAAACAAUCCUUUCAAAAAUUCGUAAAUCCCCGUAACUUAGUAGUUGAUGACGAAGACACGGAUAAGUACAAACGUCAUUCGGUUACAACCCCGAACUCCAGCGGCCAAUUUUUGGGUUUGACGCGCUGCAUCCCCUUGGUCCCACUACGGCUUCUCCACCGGCGCCGAACCCUUUGCGUAUUUGCAGCCGUUAUCCUUACCUGUUUUGCAGCACUACUAAUCACAAACCUAUCAAUCACUCUUCCGCUCCCUCAAGAUACCCUAGUGCCUGCCCGACCCCAUCUUCCCGCUGAUGUAUAA